GAACUCGAGUCUCGCGCUGCCUCAGUGGUUUGGUGGAAGAAAGAGAAAUAAAAAGAAGAAGAGGAAGAUGAGGAGCAGGAGGAAGAGUAUGAGAAUGAAUCAGUGCAGAGUUGCUUGGUCACCCUGUUAAACUGGUGGACACACACACACACGAUCGAAGCAUGAAUCUGAGGAAAUGGCAGCAAGUCCCUUUGAUUUGCUGUGUUUUCAUCCAGAAAACACACAGACAGACUGACUCAUGCGUGUGCACAGAGCUCUUGUCGGGAAAGAAGAUUCACAGCAGGCAAAACUUAAACCAGAAAAACUGCUUAGCACUUGCAUAACUCCAGUGAGUGACAUUUAACCUGGAGGUGUUUCUGUUACCCCCCCCCCCCCAACCUCUCACCUCUCAAGUACAAUGGACGAAAGUCUGGUGGGACGAGUGUCAGCCGGUGGCUGCUGCUCCUACAACACCCUGAAGGCCUGGUUGCCCAUCCUCUCCUGGCUGCCCAGGUACAGGCUGAAGUGGCUUCAGAUGGACCUGCUUGCGGGGAUCACUGUCGGCCUGACGACUGUACCGCAGGCGCUGGCUUACGCUGAAGUAGCCGGUCUUCCUGUGCAGUACGGACUCUACUCUGCCUUCAUGGGGGGGUUCAUUUACACCCUCUUGGGGACCUCUAAGGAUGUGACACUGGGUCCCACAGCCAUCAUGUCCCUCCUGUGUUUCUCUUUGGUUGGCGGACAGCCACACCGAGCCGUGCUCCUCAGCCUCCUCUGUGGAGUCAUCCAGACUGGGAUGGCGUUAAUGAGAUUAGGUUUUCUCUUAGACUUCAUCUCUUUCCCUGUAAUAAAAGGCUUCACUUGUGCUGCUGCAGUGACCAUUGGCUUUGGCCAGGUCAAGAAUAUGCUGGGGCUGCAGGGUAUUCCCCACCAGUUCUACCUGGAGGUUUACUACACCUUCUCCAAGAUCCCAGAGGCCAGGAUCGGAGACGUGGUCCUGGGUCUGCUGUGUCUCACACUGCUGGUCAUGUUGAUGUUAAUGAAGACGGGUUUGGGCUCUGACGACGCGCCCCGCUAUGCUAAACUCUCCAGGAAACUAGUGUGGGCUGUUGCUACAAUGCGUAACGCUCUGGUGGUCGUGGCUGCCUCCUUCAUAGCGUUUACGUGGGAUGCAUACGGUUAUCACGUGUUCACAAUCACUGGGAAAACCUCCCAGGGGCUCCCGCCAUUCAGGCCCCCACCCACCUCAGACACUACAGCCAACGGCACUGUCGUCUCCUUUGGAGAGAUCGUAGAGGAUUUUGGAGGAGGGCUCGCUGUGAUUCCCCUCAUGGGUCUGUUGGAGAGCAUCGCUAUUGCCAAAGCUUUUGCCAGUCAGAACAACUAUAGGAUUGAUGCCAACCAGGAGCUGCUGGCAAUUGGUGUGACCAACAUCAUGGGCUCCUUUGUGUCAGCAUACCCUGUCACCGGCAGCUUUGGGAGGACAGCAGUGAACUCCCAGACUGGUGUCUGUACUCCUGCAGGAGGAAUCAUCACCGGUGUGAUCGUGUUGCUCUCUCUGGCGUUCCUCAUGCCGGCCUUCUACUACAUCCCCAAAGCUUCUCUGGCGGCUGUGAUCAUCUGUGCGGUGGCUCCCAUGGUGGAUUACCACGUCGUGCUUAAGAUGUGGAGGAUACGCAAGCUGGACCUGCUGCCUUUUGUCGUGACGUUCCUGUUGAGCUUCUGGCAGGUGCAGUACGGUAUUAUCGGAGGAGUGGCUGUAUCUGGAGUCCUGCUCCUGUACAACACGGCCAGACCCCAGAUAAAGGUGUCUGAUCACGGUGCACUAGUGAUGGAGCUGAGCAGUGGACUAAGUUUUCCAGCCACAGAGUAUCUCAGCCACAUUAUACACACCCACGCUCUGAAAGCGUCUCCUCCGCGCUCAGUGGUCCUGGACUGCCAUCACGUCAGCAUCAUAGAUUACACUGUGGUCAGCGAGCUCAGGGACGUACUGAGGCAGUUCAAACAACGAGACGUGCAACUGAUCUUUUCCAGAUUACAGCCCUCUGUUCUGGAGGUUCUCUUAGCGGCUGAUCUGGAGGGCCUCAGGUGCACAGACAGUGUGGAGGCGGCACUGCUGCGAGUGGAGCCAGGACGCCUCCUGGAGGACUGACACAGUACUGUCCAAUCACAGUCAGGGGUGAACAUGUUUGACAGUGGACAGUUGCAGUGUUGCACCAAUAUCAAUUGUAUCAACUACUUCCAUUGACUGUCAGUUAGAUGUCACCCUUUUUCCUGUCAUUAGAACCUGUCAUAGAGAUGAUUGUGCAAUCUUCAUCAUUCCAACACUAAGUUACCUGUGCUCUGAAACAUGGAACCAGACGUCUUAUAAUAUGUUUCAAAGAGUUUUAUGUGUCGGAAAUCUGUAUUUUUUUACUAACAGAGCACUCCCUCUGAGAGCUGCCAGAGACCAAAUCUGAAUUUACAGUAUCCCAAUUUUUUAAUUCAUAGAUUUACAAUAAAAAUUGUAAAAUAAAAUAUAACUGUUAGUGAAUAAAAGUGUAUAUUUUG